UAAAAACUCAAAUCCUCACACUGAUAAAAAUUACUAAAUGGUGUUUAAGUUGUUCACAAUCCUUCAUUUUCAGUUAACAUAAUAUUUAACUGUUUAACCUUCAGUGUUUACCUGAAAUUUCCUCUUAUGAAGCUUUUAAGUUGAACUGAAUAUUAUUCUCCAUCACUCAGAUACAAUAUUUGUCUUGCACUUUGCAUAUAUUGCACUAUGCCUUUUUCAUGACUGGAGACUUUAAUGAUUAAUCUGAAUUUAAAAUACAGUUUGUUGUGUUUUUAUGAGCUCAACAUGCUGUUAUAGUAAUGACCUGUCAGUGGAUUCAGGGCAGUUUGAAAGGUUGGGAAAGCAAGUUUCAGUUAAAUUUGACUUGUUAUCAUUUGAUUUAGAGAUGACACACAAUAUAUCAUAUAAAUGCUUAUUUUGUCACAAUGGUGAGACAGAGAGAUGACAAAUGACACUGUCAGUCUCAAAUCCUCUUUCAGUGUGAAGGAGGGAUGUUUCCUUUUCUCCCAUUGAGUCCAUCACACAUAUGAAGGCUCUCUGUCAUGUUGGAGGUUAAAAAGAGAAGUAACAUCGAGAACCACUUCCUUUUCCCCUCUCUGUCUAUAAAAAGAUGAAUAGAAACGACGCUCUGCUUGGUCAAAGUUUCCACACGUUCUCCUCUGAAGCCGAUCACAUACAGGACUGUAUUUCAGGCUGUUCAGUGUAGGAUGUUCAUGUUUUCUAUUCAAUAAAGUAGAGAAGUUUGUCUGAAAGCUGCUGACUGGGUCAACAGAGGCUGAACAGUGAGGAGACAUGGAAGCUGUGGUUGGACUGUUGGUGAUGCUGCUCGGAGUCUCUCAUGGUAUUGAAACCUACUGUGAUGGCAGACAGAAUAGAACUCAGUGUUAUGGAGCUCUGGGAGGAACUGUGGUGCUCCAGCUGAUGGACAGCGCCUCAGAAAUAUUUAAAUACCAAUGGAAUAAAAACAAAACAACAGCAAUACUUCAUGGGAGAAAGGAUAAGAUUGUGUCUAAUGAGAUGAAGGACAGAUCCAUUUUUACUCCCAGUAAUGGAACAUUUAGGAUAAAUAAUCUGAUCAGGACUGAUGGUGCUGAAUAUACCCUUAUAAUCUUUGAUUCAAAUGGACGUGAUUCAGGACAGUGGACUCUUCAGUUGUCUAUUCAAGCUCCUGUGUCCUCUGUCCGCCUGGACUCUGAGUGUCUGUCCCAGGGAGAGAUGAGGGUGUCCUGCUCCUCUGAGGGAGCGGACAGUCCUCAGUACAGCUGGACUCUGGAUGGACACACACUGACAGACAUUCAGCUCCUCUCUGGAAAUAAAGAGACCAACAACAUCACUCUGAAACAAGACGUCUCAGGACGACUGGUCUGCUCUGUCAGGAAUCACAUCAGUAGUGUCUCAAAAGAAGAGAAGAUAUCUACCUGUGGUUUCAUAUUCAUCAACUGCACCUUAUCCAAUGGGACAAACAUAUCACAGUGGGUGUUUUCAGCCAAUAACACCCUGUGUAUUGAUCCAACAACCCCUACCAUGAUCACAGACACUACGGGUAAGGAGACUGGCAUCAUAGUGUCAAUUAAACCCUCAAAUCAAACUGUGACCAACUCCAGCAAUGAUGACCCAUGGUACAGUCACAUUAAGAAGAAUUUGCCAGUUCUAGCUGGUGUCCUCUCAGCACUGGUAAUUCUGUUAAUGGUCGGGGUGGCAGUCGUCUGUAGUCACAGGAAAAAGCAAAACAACAAACCUAAAGAAGAAGAUGACCAAGAAUUGACCUAUGCUGAUGUCAACAUCGUGCAGCGGCCGGGGAGGCAGAUGCAUCAGAAGGCAGAGAUGGAGGUGGAGUACGGCCAAGUCAAGUUUUCAGGGCGACCUCAGCAAACUACAGAGAUGGAGGUGGAGUACGGCCAAGUCAAGUUUUCAGGGCGACCUCGGAAAACUGUUCAACCAAAAGAAGAUGAAUGUGUGUACGCUAAGGUCCGUAACAGCAGGUGAUAUGCAGUGUUCAGCAUUUUUACAAAGACUGCUGAAGGCAGAUGGAGGAGGUUUUUGUUAAGAUGCCUAAAGGUCUCUUAUCUUUAUUUCAUGAGAUUUUCAAUGACAAGAAUACAAGCCAUCAAAGUUCACAGAUAUUAUUAUUAUUCAUCAUUUUUAAUGUACUCCUGGGUUAUGACUGGCAUCAGUAUGAAAACCUGUCAAAGGAGCUCAAACAUUCAGGUGCAUCAUUUGAAUCACGCUGUGACAAAUUUUUAUAGACUAGUUUUGUAUUAUGUUAAAUAUUUUCUUUAAAUAUAUAUAUUUUCAAGUAGUCCCUGA